AUGGCAAGCAUGAAGUGGUCAUCAUCAUUCGCUGUGGUCAUGCUCUUGCUUAUCGUAGCCCACGUCACAAAGACUGUGGCUCAAAACACUUGCGCCUCGUCACUGGGGAACUUCAAUGUUUGUGCACCCUAUGUUGUUCCUGGUCUCAGCCCCAACCCCAGCCCGCCAAGCCCUGCCUGCUGUGGGGCCCUUCGAGAAGUGGACCAUGACUGCAUCUGCAACACACUCAGAAUCGCCGCCCGUAUUCCCGCCCUCUGCAACCUUCCUCCACUUACUUGUGCAAACUUACAAACCGGGACCGUGCAUCCCUAA